UGCUUUUAAACAAUAACUUGAAUAAAUCGAUAUGUAAUCGGUCUACAGAUUACUCCUGUUCUCUUAUACCCCUUGUAACGGCUUUCGUAAUUACAGUGGACUUUACGGUGAAUAUGUCGCUAAAAUUCGGAGUUAUUUUAGUAUAAAUGCCCAGAAAUAUGGGAAACAUAUUAAGGUUAGGUUAGUGUAGUAGUCACUUAUAGACAAGUUUUGGUCCUUUGCGAUACCAGAUAGAGUUAAGUGACGAGGUCCAUGUGAAGUCGUAAUCCUUUAUGAUGGCUGCGCUUGAAGCGAAUUUCAAUAGACUCUGUCGCCUCACUAUCUACAUCUUCUAGUGUCUCAUACCGUGGGCCCCAAAUGAUUAAGGCAUAUUCUUACAAAUGCGGGGGUUUUCUUGGUGCCUUGUUCUUGACAUUUUUUGCAUUCUUCUUGAUCUUUCAGCCCCAUUCUGUAGGCGUGUGUCGCCACCAAACAGUCACAAGUGAGUAUUCCGAUUAUGUUCCUACAGUUUUUUUUAUGGAGUGCCAUUAUGAAUUUUGUACAUUUCUGAUCUACCGUUUUGCGCUUUACUUUUGCAUUGCAAUGUCGCAUUGACAUUGUUGGCAUUUCCCUUUGUAUUCUCUGUAAUUAUGUUUUCAGGUCUAUUCCCUUCAUAACUAGACCUUACCUUACCGCGCCGUUAUAGCUAGGAAAAUGCACACUAACUAGGUAUUCUAAUGAGUUUUCGCCGUUGUCCGUCUACUCCCCGGAACUCUUGUGAAUUAGACCCGGCGAGGUGGAGUAUCCUCAUCCUCGCCACCUCAUUGGACUUUUCAAAGCUGCUACAAAGUUUUUACAAGUUUUUUUUUUUUUUUAAAUUCCCGUACUCUGCGUCUGAAAGACCCGAGCUUCUUGUUCCAUCGUAGAGGCUUCCUUUUGUGCUUGAGUCGAAGCGAAGGGCAAGCGGGAUGAAAAGCGUUCGUGAAUAUUGUCCCGCCCCUUUCCUGCUCUUCAUACACGCUCUUGUACACGCAAGGUCUAAGUCUCUUUUCUAAUAGUAUCUGCCCAGAUCUCAGUUUGUGUUUCUGCGAUUUCUUCUCACAUCUUGUCUGAUCUUUGCAUUUGAUUAAAUGUAGAAGUAGAUGUACCUAAGGUCACAGAAUGUCCGUGUGUUUAGCACCCUUCAAUUGUUUACCAUUGACGUUUCUGGAGAUUAGCCCUUUAUACAUAGGUUCCUCACUUUUAUUGGCUACGACUAGACUAAUUUGUAAAAUAAAAUUCCGCAUUCGUGUGGCAUAUAGCAGGGUGCAAGUAUUAAAGACUGAUAUAGUAUGGCAGUAUAGAUUUUUUACCGUUAUGACCGUUCUUACCUUUUUCUUCACGUUCGGGGUGUCUGUUGUGCAGUUUGGUGACUUUAGUCCAGCGACCACCUUACCCGAUUCGAUCUACAGUUCCUAGACUAAAACCACGUCGUAGCCUGCCUAGAAGAAGCUCAGCAGAGGCGAUCUUGCAUUUGUGGAGGUUUACCUAAGGUACCCUCAGCUCCCGGUUUUGGAACCUCAGAAUGGUUUCCGUCGAUUUAUGCCUUUUUUCAGCGAUAUGCUCCUCAAUGCGAUUCACAAAGGCUGUAUCAAAGUGUGCCCGGCCGUUCGUCACCUCCUCUUCUUUCAAGUUAGACUAGCCUUCGGUCGGUUGCAUAUUCCUAACGCCGCCUCGUAUCUCGCUUUUGUCAUAAACCCCUCCUUGGUUGGCAUUUUUGGGGGCCCUCUCUUGUUGUGAGACUUGGAACUCUCGGUCACCAGCUCAGGAGAGCGAAACAGUUCUUCUUAUUUUUCGCGUUUAUACUCACAGCGCUUUCUUGGUCUGAAUUUGCAUUAACUGUGUAUGCUGUACAAAUGGUCUGGCAGUAGUAGUACAACCACCGCAACCGCUGGGUUUCACAAUAUAAAGGGCACCGAUCCGGUUUUAGCAGCCUUGCUCCCAACCAACAAUUGGACUUAUAUCCCAGUCCGCUUUACUCCAUUGUUGAAGAACAUUUUUGAUUUUAUGCCAAAAUUAAAUGGUAUUUACUUCCGAUAGAAAUUGUUCAAUAAGUGUGAUAUUUUAACGAAAUUCAGUGGACAUGUUUUCUUAAACAUAAUAUGGUUUGGUGCUAGUGAAUAUGAACUAGAGCUCCCACUCCCGGGCUCCCGAAAUCCCGGGAUUUAAUAAAAUUUUUGUCCUUUUUUUAAACACUGUUAAUUAUUAUUUUUUCAUAAACAAAGUUGUAUUUACAAUAGAUGAACAUUGCCAAAAAAACAAUUAGUAAGAAUUUAGUACUUUACAACACUGUUUGAUCAAAGUUACAGCACUGGUUUGAUCAGCUGUUAAUUGGCAAGCUGUAGCAUGUGCCAAGAAUACGAUCAACCGCACUGCAUUUGACAAACUUACACUUGUGCUUAUUGUAUAAAUUGUAAAAAUGGAAUGUAAGUACUAAAUAUUUUAAUUAUAAAUGUUAAAAUAACAAUUUUUCAUUCACUUUGCAUCAUUUAUAAAGCACACAAAAAAGGAGACGACAAAUUGACGACAUGGUUUUAUUUUCUAAUAUCAACAAGUUCAGAGGAAGCCAAGUGCAAAAAAUGUAAUGCAGUCCUCAAAACAAAGGGUGAGUUCAACAAAAGGAUUACACGAACAUUUAAAGGUUCAUGGCAUAAAGUUGUGCCGCGAAGCAACUCCUACAAUUGCUGUUCCCAAGAAAGUGGCAAAAAUUACUUCACAUUUUUCACCAAAAAAUGAAGAAAAUAUUCGUGCUAUUAUGGCCAGUUUGGUAGCUGUGGAUGGAUUAGCAUUUUCAACCAUUGCGCAAUCAAAACAAAUCAGAAAAGGUAUUGAAGCCAGAAAAUUUAAAGUUCCCAAAUCUGACACCACAAUCAGAAAAUAUGUAAUGGAAUAUUGUGAAGAAUGUCGCGAAAGAGUGAAGAAAGAAAUAAUCGAUUUGAAAGUGAAAAAUAAUAGAUUUAGCAUUUCAUUCGACAAAUGGACUUCUGUGGCCAAUAAACCCUACUUGAAUUUAAUACUGCAUGGUCAAAAAAACAUAUAGAACUUGGGACUCGUCCGAAUAAAAGGUGCCGCAACUUCUGAAUACUGCAUUGAUAUGAUUGAAUCUCGUUUCGUAGAUUAUGACUUGAGUUUAGCAACUGAUAUUAUUUCUAUUAUCACGGAUGGUGCCUCAACUAUGUUGAAAAUUGGCAAACGCAUAGGUCCACAUCAACAGCUGUACCUGGCACAUGGAAUACAGCCAGGUAUCCUUGAUGUGAUGUACAAAAGACAAAUUAAAGUUGAGCCAAAUGAAAUUUCUAUAUGUGAAGAUGAUGAUUCCGAAGAAGAUACGAGAGAUCAAACUGAUUGCAUACAGUUAGCUGAUAAUGAAGAACGUGGAGAACUUACAGACGGAUUUGAUAUCAAAAAAAUUAUGGACAAAAUUCGGGGCAAAAAGAAUGAAAUUUUACAAAAAUAUGUGAAAAUGGAGUUCAACAAAGAGUUGCAGCUCAUCCUAGAUUGUCAGACUCGGUGGAACAGUUUACUAAAAAUGAUCGAACGGUUUCAUUUGCUGGAGUCUUGCUUGAAAAAAGCGAUGGUCGACCUUAAGGCAGAUUGCUUGGAAGAUUUUGAAUUUAAUAUUAUUAAAAUCAUUAUUAAAGUUUUAAAGCCGGCAGAGUUAGUUAUAGAAGCUUUGUGUCGCCGUGACAUGAACCUCUGUUCUGCUGAUGCAGUGAUACAUUUUAUGCUGGACGAAGUUAAAAAUGUGGACUUAUCAAUAGCUUUCAAUCUUUUUGAAUCAAUUAAAAAACGCGUUUCUGAAAGGCGCACAAUAUACACGAAUAUAUUGAAACUAUUAAUAACGGGAAAUUUUGUAAGUACCACAAAUGAACCGAAUUUAGAAGAAAUGACAAACACUAUUGUAGAAAUUGUCAAAAAGUACAAUACUAAUGAUAUUGAGAAUCGCGAUAUCGAUUUAAAAAUAAUCGAAAAUGAAAAGGAAAAAACGUUUAAGGAAAGGUUGCAAGAAACUGUCAAAGAAUCUCGCGUUUUAAAAAGAAAUGUCUCAUUAUCAGUAGAGGAAGCGGUACCAAAGGAAAUAAAUUUACUUCUUGGGGGUGGCGGGCUUGGCAGCAAUCUGGAGGUUCUUUGUAAUUUUUUAAAGACAAUACCAUCAACUAGUGUCGAAUGCGAGCGUUGUUUUUCAUUGUCUGGCCGCAUUUGCACUAAAAUCAGAUCUAGUUUAAACGAUGAAACAAUGGAUGCGCUUGAAUUUUUAAAAUACUAUUUAAAAUUAGUUCCUACAGAAAUCGAUCUGUGAUUUUUAUUAUUUGUUUUUUGA